CCUAUCAUAUUCCAGCAUUUUUCAUGCCAAGUAUACAGAAGUAUGCAUAACCCAAAAGUCGCCCCGGACGAUUCCUAUCGCCGCUUUAUCCCUAAUACGAUGCGCAAGGACACGGCACAGCUUAAGGACUUUGUUGUCAGGCAUCUCGGUUAGGCCUAUCUGCCUAUAAGAUGUGGGUGUUGGUUUUGCAGCUAUUAUAAAUAUAUCGGUUCCGUUUGUGUGAUCUGACCAGUUUUCCUUCCCGUUAAUUCAUAUGCUUUUCCUUUCUUUCCUGCUUUAUCUUUAUUAUUGAGCUCGAGUUCCAAGUCUUUCCAGGGGCUACCCAGCGCAGUCGAUAGUGAGGACACUGUCUUAAUUGAGUCCAACGUCAGUUCAUAAGUAAUAUUACAAAUAACGAUACCAUACUCGCCAUGGCAGAUUUCAGAGAAGUUCUACAGAAGACAGCAAAUGCUUUUGUAGAAAAUAACACUCUUGCGGUGAAAAAAAGGGACACGUCCUUGUUCUCUGCAAUUCUGACAGAGGACUGCAUUCGGAUGUAUCGGUCCCUCUCCUUCAUCCAGAGGUAUCCGCAGUUCUUCAAGGCCCAGAUCACCAAUGCCGACUACGAGGCCCAGAUGCAAGUCGAGCUCCAAACCAUGAAAGACGUAUCUCAGAAAAUUACCAGGAUCGUAAUCGACACGACUGAGCGUAGGGCUACCUUGUGGAGCGAGCAGACUAUCUUUACAGCCAACGGAUCUACUAGCAAGGUCGAGGUGAUUUGGGAUCUGAAUUUCUCGGAAGAUGGGACUCGCGUCUCGCAGAUCAUGGAGUUCGUGGAUACUUUUGAGGCUACUAAGGUGCUGGAGCAGAUGUUGGCUAAAGCGGGCGCCGAAUAAUCGACGUCAAUCAUAUUCGGGUUUCCUCUAGGAUGCAACAAUGACCAAUUAAUUAGCUAUUCUCCUACGCAAUAUAAUACCUAGAUAUAGUCUAUAACUUU